AAAUAUAUGGAUAAUGAUGCGAUGGGUCGACCCUCGUCUCUCUCGCAGCGCCCUCAGCGCCACCUUCGUCCCCAAGCUCACGUUCGCCCCUACACGCGUCUGGCAUCCUGACAUCGUCCUUACUAACGGUCUCGAUGCGGCCAGCACGGGAACCGUCCCACCUGUCCUCUUGACCGCCCUCCCGAGCGGGCAAAUGACGCACGUGUACCCCGCAACUGUGAGGGUUGCUUGCUUCGCUGCGGCCGUGGCCGAGUGGCCGCACGAUGCCCUCAACUGUGCCGCUAAUUUCGGGUCUUGGGUGCACGACGCUGACGCCAUAGAGAUCCUUGCUGACGAAUAUGUUUCGAUAGACAUGAUCAGAGACCGCGUCGGUGAAGAUGAAAGCGAGUCCCACGUCUCAUGGACUGUAAUAGAUUCGAGCGUGAGGAAACAGGCUUACGUGGGUAACGGUAACGAUUCAAGCAGUUACCCUUCUGUUACCCUUACGUUGAACCUCGUGCGACAGCCUGGGUGGAAUAUAAGACUUCUUCAAUUCGUGCUUGUAGCGCUGAGUCUAGUGACGGGGGUGGUGUUUGUGCUGCCCCCGGGGGCGCUGGAGAAGGCGCUGCUGGGGGGCCUGUGCCUCCUGCUGCAGCUACACUUCCUGGCCUACACUGCCGCCUUCAUCCCCCACUCCCCGUCACACACCCCCAUCUUGGUGGCGCUGACGUGCGGCCAGGUGGUGGUGACGAUGGUGAUGAUGGUUCUCAGUGUGGUGAUGGUGCGGUUAGCCCACUCUCCCCCCACGCCGGCGCUCGCUCCAGUACCGGGAAUACGGCGCCCGCUGCGCCGCAACUACGCCGGACGCCGCUGCGGCAUUCCUUGUUGCAAGACUGCGAGUGAGGAUUAUGAGCGUGAUGCUGAAGCGUCAUAUUCUCUGGACGCUGUGGGGGCCGUGCGUCGGUCUUCAGAGGGAGCCUUGCCCCAUGACCGUCGACGCGACGAUGAAGUCAAAACCAGCAGCCCGACGCUGGUUGCCAGACUGCAGUGUUGCUUGUUCGUGAUAUACUACAUGUUUGUUUCUGCAGUCAUGAUCACGUACAGAAGUGUGUUAUUCUCGUAAAUUACGAGCAAUUCUGAAAUAAUUGUUCAUAUAGCAUGCUACUUGUUCGGGCAUCGACUUGACAAUGAAUGGAUAGUAUCAUUCAAGUUGCGAAUUCAUUGUCGCUCCAACACGACCAGAUGUUUCUAGACGCAUGAUAUUUUGAUCACCAGAUAUAGCACCUAAUUAGGAGGCUCUCAUCAGGGUAGCAGCCUCUCAUGAGGGCACUCUGUUCACCAAAUUGACGUACCUCGAAAGCAGAUGUCUUUUCAAAGCUUCAGAUAGGCAAUAGUGUUAGUACCUUACAGUCGGCCACAUGGAUUUGCAGUCUGCAAUCUAGCAGGUUGCCUACAUGCAGACAUGGCUAAUAAAAUUGAUAUUAUAUUCAUGUAAUUCAAGACUAACUCAAAUCAGGAAUAUUUCACGAAAAUUUGAUUUGAAAAUUUUGAAAUUGA